UAAAACUAUCGGUUCAUCUAGGAACGAUAGCAUCAGAUAAAAAUACUGCAGUGAGUGGGAUUGGUGCUCCUUUAAAGAAAGGAUGUGGUCUAGAGCUAUUGUGCUUUUAUGAAGUUAAUUGA